CUUCCAUACCCACCUUUGUUGAUUCACCAUGGUCUCCAUUGAGUUCAAGGCGAACCCAGUCUUUAUUUUCAUCUAUGUUGUCUUUCUUUUGCUCCAUGGCGGCCAUUACUGCUCUUCCCAAAGAGCUUGUCCGAGUUGUGGUUCAAUGGGGGUUCCUUAUCCUCUAAGCACUCACCCUGGCUGUGGUGACCCUGGCUACUCUCUUCGCUGUGAUUCUCAGUCACGUAAGCUUUACUUUGAUGCCUUGAAUGGAAGUUCUUACGUUGUUACUCGAAUCAUGGCUUCGUUUUACCGCAUGGUGGUUCAACCAUCGCCAUGGUUGCCUGGUCAAUGCGAGACUCGAGAUAUGGGUGUGAGUGAGGGCAUAUGGUUGAACCAAACGCUUCCUUUUAACAUCACAUCAUCGAACACAAUCUUUCUCUUCAAUUGUUCCCCACGCCUUUUGAUGUCUCCUUUGAACUGCACUCCCACCAGUCUUUGUCACCGUUAUCUGGAGAGCUCCGGACACGUGGAGGCCAAACGAGCAUUGCAGUGUGCUAAUGGGGUCGAUCCAUGUUGCAUGUUCGUCUCCGGGGGAAUGCCGUCGGCGUACAAAAUACGGCUUCACAGCUCAGGCUGCAAAGCUUUUCGAAGCAUCCUUCAUUUGGAUCCACAAAAGGCUGCUUAUGAAUGGGAAGAAGGGUUGGAAAUCCAAUGGGAUCCUCCACUUGAACCCGUUUGUAAAACCAAACUCGAUUGCCUUGGGGCUUCAAAGUGUUCACCUACUGCCUCAAAUGGCCUAUCUCGUUGCCUUUGCAACAAGGGAUACAAUUGGGACCCUGUUGUUGGAACUUGCUCGGGAAAGAAGAAGAGUAAAAGAGCCAGUGUUAGCUUGAAGGCGUCCAUUGGAAUGAUCUCCUUUUUCACACUAGCCAUUGUGGUUGCUGCAAUUACUUCAAGGAAACCAUGGAGGAAUUCUAAGCAGGCAAAGGCGAAGCUAAUGAAGGAAAGGGAAGACAUGUUGAAAUCAAGCAAUGGUGGGAAACCAGCCAAGAUAUUUAGGUUAAAAGAGGUGAAGAAGAUGACAAAUGAUUUCUCUCGAGACAGGUUCCUAGGAAGUGGUGGGUUCGGGGAGGUUUACAAAGGUGAGCUUCCAUGUGGGGAUAUUGUUGCUGUUAAGUCAGCCAAAGUUGGGAACAUUAAAAGCACACAACAAGUCCUCAAUGAAGUUGGGAUUCUGUCACAAGUCAACCACAAGAACCUGGUCAGACUCCUAGGUUGUUGUGUGGAAGCUGAGCAGCCAUUGAUGAUCUAUGAGUAUAUCUCAAAUGGGACCUUGAGUGAUCAUUUGCAUGGGAAGUAUCCCACCUUUUUAGACUGGAAAACAAGGCUGAACAUCGCUUUGCAAACGGCUGAGGCAUUGGCUUAUCUGCAUUCUGCAGCAUACACCCCUAUUUACCACAGGGAUGUCAAGUCCGCCAACAUACUUUUAGACGACGAGUUCAACACCAAAGUUUCAGAUUUCGGGUUGUCGAGACUGGCUAGCCCGGGUUUGAGCCACGUCUCGACAUGUGCUCAGGGGACACUCGGGUACAUGGAUCCUGAGUACUACAGGAACUACCAGUUGACAGAUAAAAGUGAUGUUUAUAGCUAUGGGGUGGUGUUGCUCGAGUUGCUGACUUCACAAAGGGCCAUUGAUUUCUCAAGAGAUCAAGAUGAUGUGAAUUUGGCUAUCUAUGUCAGCCAACGGGCCAGCAAUGGUGCAAUCAUGGAAGUUGUGGAUCAACAGCUUCUUAACAAGGAGCCCUCAGCUGAUGUGCUAAAGAGUUUUGAACUUUUCUCAGAGCUUGCAUUUUCAUGUUUAAGAGAGAAGAAAUCAGAUAGACCCGGCAUGAAAGAUGUUGUCCAAGAACUCCAUUGCAUCAUUCAAGCUAUGGAUCAAGUAAAUGUUGCUAAUGAGGUUAGCCUGGAGAUUAAAUAAAUGAAGAGUAAUAUUAUAUGAUUAUAUAUAUAUAAGCAAUUACUGAGUAUUCAUAUAUUAUGAUAUAGCAAAGGAAAAGUUGAGCUAUGGGGAAAAUGAUGCUGAGAGGGACAUUGGCUUUGACACAAAGGAAAAAUGUGGAUGCCAAAGAUGUAAAGUAAAGAUUGGGAUCAGAUUCUUGCUUUCUUUUAGAUGAUCAAAAGGGCUAUGAGACUGGAAUCUGUAAGGAUUUAGUAAGAAUAUCUAGCUGUGGACAUAAAGGAAAACAAGCUUUUUAGAAUUGGGAAAAGCAUCUGCUUAUAUAUAUAUAUAUAUACACAUAUUAUAUACAUAUACAUAUAUAUAAAGCUUUAAU